ACUCAACCGAAGAAUUAAAGACUCCAAACCAAGAAUUAAAGAAUCCAAGCCAAAAGUUAAAAUAUUCAACUAUCUUUAGUGUGAUCAUUUCUCUUAUACUUUAUCCAUUAACUCAAAUUGCUUUUAUAACGGUUGUCGACCCUAAACAUGCUAUUGACUCUAAUGAUAUUGCUAUAGAAUUUGGACACACUAUACUUGGUGAGCCCGGAAGGAUAAUUAUUGCAAUAUGUAUUUUAAUUUCUUCUUCUGGAUGUGUGGGUUCAUUGAUUUUUAUGGGCUCUCGAGUUAUAACUUAUUCGGCCAAAACUGGAUUUAUACCAAUAAUAUCAAAUAGCUUGUACAAUUGGCAUAAAAAAUUUGAUACACCGGUUAAUGCAUUGAUUUUGCAAUUUGGUUAUUGCGCACUUUUACUUCUUUUAUUCCCGGUAGGCAAAAGCUUUUUUCCAUUUUUUUCCGAUAUGUCGCAGUACUUAGAGAUGGUUUUCUUUGGUGUCAGCGCAUCUUGUUUAUUGGUUGUGCGGCACUAUCUUAAAGAUACUCAUUACACUGAUUUUCAAGUACAUCCAACUAUUGUUGUAUUUUAUAUUUUAUGCACUGCAUUCAUUGCUGUGGCAUCAUUUAUUCCAACUUCGCCAAUACACGACGAGGUACUUAAUUAUGGAUCAUAUGUACCAUUUGUUGUUUCAUGGAUCGCUGUAUUGGUAGGAACGGGUAUUUGGUAUCUCCACGAUUAUAGACGUUUCUUUUAA